UUCUCCACUCUCCGGUCUUUCCGUCUUCGACUUUCGGCUUCUCCACUCUUCCGCUUGAUUCGCCCUCAAUAUCACAGUCACACUGCUUUCUCCCUCAUCUCUACCGCCUCACGCCCUCCGCCCUCUGCCCUCUGCCCUCGCUCCUCGCAUCCUCAGACGCCAAACGGUAAGACCUCACUACGACACUCCCAGUCAGCAACUUAGCGGCGUACGUACGAGACUCAGCGAUCGCAACUCGCCAACCACUCCGUUUCAAGGAAUCAAGGUUGAGAAAGGUUUUUGAGUGAAGAAGAGGAGCACCAAGAUGCCUCUUUAUGACUGCAUGCUUUUGUUGAAACCCAAUAUAAUUAAGGAGGCGAUGAUAGACUUGGUUACUAAGGUGGGGAAGCAUGUUUACACUAGAAAUGGAGUACUCACAGAUGUAAAAUCUUUUGGAACUGUUCAGCUGGGCUAUGGUAUUAGGAAACUCGAUGGCAGAUAUUAUCAGGGGACACUGAUGCAAAUGACAAUGAUGACACCUCCUAGCUUCAACAGUGAGCUGCAAUACCUCAACAAGGAAGACCGUUUGCUCCGCUGGCUGUUGGUCAAGCACCGAGACUUCAAGCCCGGGUUGGAAUAUUUUGGAGAAAAAGAUUCUAAGUUAUCUAUCAAAGUGUAUCAAGUUAUGGGUGAUGAUAAAGACGACGAAAGCGAUGAAGACUCAGACACAGCCGACGAAGCGUAAAAUGGCUGUUUACGUGUACGCUUCUUUUGUUUUCUGAAUCCAGGUCUCCCUUUCUGCUUGUACUUGUACUUAAUGCAGUGACACUUGGGGCAUUUUAGUUUAUGAGUUAAGGUUGCAGUAGAAUUUAGGCCAUGACAUAAGAAGAUUUGAAUGUGACAAUUUGCAGUACACAAAUUAGAAGGGAUUUUGCCCAGUGUUUUUAGAAUAAGAAAAGUCUGAGAUCUUGAUAUUUUGCUUCAUAGCACUAUGUAAGAUCAAUGCGUAUAUGCUUAGAGAAUUUGAGAUUGGA